AUGAGCACUUCGAUUGGUGAUAUCGUUGGAAGUCUAUCACCAGCCGUAGUUGCUUACGCCGUAUUCGCCAUCACCAUUGUCCACUAUGCAUGGACUGUCACUUAUCGCCUGUAUUUUCAUCCACUGACGAGAAUUCCAGGCCCUCUUUUCGCCAGAAUAACUUAUCUGUAUUCAUUUUACUAUAACUUCUGGAAUCCAGGCCGAUUUUAUAUGACAAUUGAAGAGUUACACAAGCAAUACGGUCCUAUUGUCCGCGUUACACCCGAUGAAAUCCAUCUCAGGGAUCCGGAGAAUUAUGACAAAAUCUACUACAUCGGCUCCAAGUACUACAAAAGCCCUGCGUUUUACCAUGCCUUUGGAACCGACAAAGCAACUUUCACCACGGCAAGCAAUGAAGUACACCGCGCCAAACGAGCCGCCCUAAACCCAUUCUUCUCUCGCAAGCGAGUUUUAGAGCUUGAAGAAGUCGUACAAGCCAAAGCGAUCAAGCUCGAAUCACGCAUCCGGUCUGCUCUCAAUGGAGAAGGGCAUAUCGACCUACACCACGGUUUCCGAGCGGUAUCAGUCGAUGUUAUUACGGAUUAUGCGUUUAAUAAUUGUUACGAUUUUUUGGAGCGGGCAGACUUUGGUGUUGAGUUCUUUAAUAUGAUUCGCGACUUUGGUCCGGGUUUUUGGUUUUUUCAGCAGUUUCCGGCUACGCAGCCUAUUGCGUUUGGUCUGCCAUUCUGGCUUGUGAAGAUGGUUGAUGGGCCAUUGAAGAGAAUGAUGAUGCUGCAAAAUAGCAGUCGUGAGCAGAUUCUCCGUGUGAAGAGGGAAGUUGAUUCUGGUGAAGAGAGCAGCAAAACACGGCCAACGAUAUUUCAUCGGCUACUUAGUCCGGAUGCGGCAGAUGAAUAUAUUGUACCCACAGUCGACGAACUCAAGGAUGAAGCAUAUAUCAUUGUGGCCGCGGCUGCUGAUACCACUGGAAAUGCAAUGACUGUAGCUACAUACAACGUUGUUUUGAACCAAGACAUAUAUAUUCAACUAACCACAGAGCUGAAAAAUGCGUUUCCAGACCCGAGUGCUAAUCUAGACUUUGCGACUCUUGAAAAACUGCCGUAUCUAACUGCUGUUAUCAAGGAGGCACUUCGCUUGUCUUAUGGAGUCAUCGGACGUCUUCCACGAGUUGUUCCUGAAUCAGGAGCAGAAUUUCACGGGUACCACGUUCCACCCGGGACACUUGUCAGCAUGAGUUCCUGGACCAUGCACCGCAAUGAAGACCUCUUCCCUGGCCCCGAAGAGUUCAAGCCGUCAAGGUGGAUGGAUCCUUCAGCCGCAAUUAAGAACCUCGACCAUUACCUUGUCUCAUUCGGAAAAGGGUCAAGGCAGUGUGUCGGAAUGCCUUUGGCAUACUGCGAAUUAUAUGUUACUUUAGGGAGAAUAUUUCGGCAUUUCGACAACCUGUCGACAGACCAUAAAUCGGUUGAGGAUUUAUUGUACAGCGAUUACUUUUCGUCGUAUCAUUCAGAAAAGGGUAAUAAAUUUGACUUCAGACAGGCGGUUUAAGUAUUUAUUGCAAGGGCACUUAAAAUAGGGCUCGUGAUUAAACCAGAAUGAUCAAGGACAGAUUACGAGCAUAGAUGUAAUGAC